GAUUUCCUCAAGCAAUCCACAACUUGUUUCGAUGACGAUUCUGACGAUGCGAAUACACCACAACCCUCCCGUUUGGUCCAGUCCUUCCUGAAAGGACAUUGUAAAGCGGUUGAAAACAUUAAACGUAAUAACAUGGAGAUUGCAAAGAAAAUGCAUAAGAAAACGAAAGCUUAUAUGGAAACGAAAGCUGAAAAUGAUCAUCUAAAAGUACAAUUGAGUAACGCGGAACAGGAGCUGAAGGAACUAACGAAAGCGCUAGAAGGGCUGAAAGGGAAUUACAAGCAACUCAAUGAAAAAUACAUAACUGUACUUCAGAAGUACACCCACUGCGAGACACACUAUGACGAAGAGCAAACCAAGAUCAAAGCUACAAUCAAUCAGCUAAAAGCAGAAAUUACUUUGAAGCAGUCGCGAAAUGAUGAAUUGGAGUCCAAGGUCAAGACCAUGCAGGAUAACUACCUCGAUAUUAGUGCCCAAGUCGAUGCUAUGACCCAAACUAAUGAGCAGCUAACGGCCGAUUUGCAAAAGAUGCAGUCACAGCUUUUAGAGCACGUUAAGGAAAAGACGGAGUCUCAUAACGCUAUGCAGAAUAUGGAGGAACAGUUCGCUGCCCAAAAUACGCUCCACGAGAUUAGGAUUUCAGAGCUGGAAACAGAGAUCCAAAACCAGACUCUAGCACAGGCCGAUCUGGUCAAUCGCAGCGAGUUGCAGGUAAAAGAGUACAACCUGAAUAUAUCGCACAUUCAGGGCCAGCUGAUGGAAAAGGAAGAGCUCUGUCGUGGUCUUCAGCAGUGCAAUGACACACUCAAAAAUCAACUCGAGCUUCAACGAAUCCAAAUCUCAGCAGCUAAAGCAGAGAACGAGGAAAAUCACCGAAACCUUACCACUUUGAAAGACUACCUAAGCCAAGUGGAGGCUGCAAGGGACCAAUUAAAGGUUUCCAAUAACGAUUUGAUACAGCAAAACGACCAAGCCGCAGUAGAGUUUGCCAUUGAAAAGACUAAACUUGCCGAGGAAUUAAAGCAACAAAAGGAUGAGCUCGAGGCCACUGUCUCACGACUAAAAUAUGAACUGGAGCAGCAGAAUCUGGCCUGCGGCGAGCUAUCCAAGCGGAACGAACAAGAAGUAAAUGACAUACACGUCAGGCUCUCCGAUCUCCAAGGCAGGCUCAAUGAGAGCGAGGUGCUUUGUCAGAAGCAGGAACUCGGCAAUAAACAACUGGCCAGCGAACAUCAAAAGAAAACUCAGAGUUUGCAAGACGAAUUAAACGAUGCGGUGGCAAAGUUAAACGAACUAACUAAACAAAACCAGGCCUUGGCAUCGCAGCUCCAGGAUGAUGAGCGGAACUACAAAGAGAACAUCAACACACUUCAAGCUAAACUGGAGCAACUUCAGGGUCAAAUUGAUAGGCUUCAGCAGCAUAUCACCAGUUUGGAGGCUGAGAGAGACGCACUGAGUAAUAACGUACAUCAGCUACUUGGCGAACAUGAAGAAAUGGUCAAUGAAUUAGCGACAGCUAAGUCCAACUUUGAACUGGAACUACGGUCGCAAACGGGCAUCCUACAGACAAAACUGGCCAGUCUGCAAAUGGAGCUAAACAGCAAGGAAAACGAAAACACCGAAUUGGAACGCAAAAAGGAUGCCAUCAUAGCUGAGCUGAAAUUCAAGAUGAACCGAAUUGGCAGUGUGUUUGAGCAGUCUGUCAGCAGUGUGAGAGUUGUAAGACCGGAACCAAACCCAUCCAUCACUGAAUCGCAGCUGGUUAUUGAAGCUCCACCUGCUCCUUCAAGAAAACGUUUUGCACUAAACCGACGUAUUGAAGCCAUAUCCGAUUCCUCGGACUUUCUCAGCGAUAACGAGCUACCCCUUCCAAAGGUGAAACCACAAAAGAAAGCUAUCUCUGGAGUCAAACGUGCUCGUUUACAUAAAAAUGAGAAGGAUAACGAUGCUGCUUUCGACAAGUUAAAGACUCAAGAUUAAAUUUCUUAAACACUUUUG